CGUACGUGUCAUGGCGGCGGCCUCCGUAGGUGUCAUGGCGGCCGCCUCUGUAGGUGUCAUGGCGGCCGCCUCUGUAGGUGUCAUGGCGGCCGCCAUGCGCGUGUAGAUGCUAUGGCGGCUGCCUCUGUACGUGUCAUGGCGGCUGCCUGUGGCUCGGAGGUGUCAUGGCGGCCGCCGGAAGCGGAAGUGUGCGUCACAGGCUGCGCCCUCUUCCACGUGGCUAUGGUGGGACCCGCAGGAUGCCGGUGCGGGGCUGGCGACGGCUGUUCACCGGGCGGCUGUUGCUGCUGACCAACACGGCGAGCUGCGGAGCCAUGCUGGCCACCGGCGACCUGCUGCAGCAGGCCUGGCACUGCCGGCGGCACCCGGGCACCGACCUGCAGCCGGCACGCACAGGGCGGAUGUUCGCCGUGGGCUGCAGCAUGGGCCCCCUCGUGCAUUACUGGUACCUGUGGCUCGAUGCUGCCUUCCCAGCACGGGGCAUGAGGGGGCUCAGGACCAUCCUCAAGAAGGUCCUCGUGGACCAGGUGGUGGCAUCGCCUGCCCUGGGCGCCUGGUACUUCCUGGGCAUGGGUGCACUGGAGGGGCAGGAUCCGCAGGAGAGCUGGGGGGAGCUCAAGGACAAAUUCUGGGAGUUCUACAAGGCUGACUGGUGCAUCUGGCCCUGGGCUCAGCUCAUCAACUUCCUCUUCCUGCCCCCCAAGUACCGGGUGGUUUACGUCAAUGUGAUCACGCUGGGCUGGGACACGUACCUGUCCUACCUCAAACACAGGCCCGGCACCCCCCCGAGCACAGACUAGCACAGGGUCAGGAUGUGAAGGAGCUGCUCUCAACCCCAUGGUGUUUCCUGGAGACCAUCAGCACCACCUCAGUUCUUGCUGCUUAACCCAUCUAUUGGCUGCAGCACUGGGUUGGGGCUGUGUUCGGAACCCAUCGAUGCUCCUGGGUAGGCUUUAAAGGGAUUUCUCUCUGUCUCCAUCCACAGAGCCCCUGGUGUGGGGAGGAGCUGCCCCUUCCUGGUCCCUUGCUCCACUCCUUGUUGUGGCUGCUUGGCAAAGGGACAGUGCCCCUUUGGUCCCUCAGCCCUGCUCCUGCUGUGUCCUCAAAGCAGGAAUCUCAGCUCCUCCUGCAUCCUCCCCUCUCCCAGCCCCAUGUGUGGGCUCCUGCAGCCACCCGGUGCCUAUAAAUAACAGUGGUGUGAGCGCAGCCGCCUGCUCACCCCAUAGCAGAACCCAUGCGGAGGCAGUGGGUGCUUCUAAGGCAAUGGUUGGGCAGGGUCUGGCCCCUCACCGGGAUCUCCCCUUGUUUCCAAUGGGAACUGCAGGGAUGCUGACGCUCCUAAAGCUUAACCCAGUGCCUUGGAGCUCUGUCUUCAUCCCCCCUGCACAGGAGCCAUUGGGAGGAUGCUCACCAAGAACCACAUCAGUUUGUGCUCCUCUUCGGAGACGACCCAGUGACCCCCAGAGGCGAGUGAUCAGCAGUGAUUUAUUCACACCAGCUCUGGAAUACAGUGACUUUUAGGAAA